AUGCAACCAGAAUUGAUAUCAAUUCGACAAGAUAUUCAUGCUCAUCCAGAAAUGGCUAUGGAAGAAGUAAGAACAUCAACUUUGGUCGCUACUAAAUUAAAACAAUGGGGUAUAACUGUUACUGAAGGUAUUGGUCGAAUGGGUGUUAUUGGAACAUUAAAAAGCUUACAACCAGGUGAUCGUACUAUUGGUCUUCGUGCUGAUAUGGAUGCUCUUCAACUCACUGAACAAACUGAUGUUCCUUAUAUUUCGACAAAACCUGGUACAAUGCAUGCUUGUGGUCAUGAUGGACAUACUACAAUGCUACUUGGUGCUGCCAAAUAUUUGGCCGAACAUCGAGAUUCAUUUUGUGGAACUGUUCAUUUUAUUUUUCAGCCGGCUGAAGAAGGACAGAAAGGUGCUAUUGCUAUGAUUAACGAUAAGAUGUUCGAUCGAUUUCCAAUGGAUGCUAUUUAUGGAAUACACAAUUAUCCGGAUCCGCUUGGAAAAUUUACCAUACGAUUUGGUCCCAUGUUUGCAGCAUCUGAUCGUUGGUACGUAACAUUUCAUGGCAGUGGUGGUCAUGGAGGAGCAACACCACAUCUUGCGACUGAUGUUACAGUAUUACUAGCACAAUUUAUUCUAGCACUACAAACCAUAGUUAGUCGUAAUGUAAGUGCGAUUGAUUCAGCUGUCAUUAGUGUUGGUGCAAUUGAAAGUGGUUCGUUUGGAUCAGUCAAUGUUAUGCCAGCUAAAAUACGCAUUGGUGGUACUGCUCGAAGUUUAACCGAAUCCGUUCGUAGUACAAUUGAAAGACGAAUAAAAGAGUUGGUCCAUGGUUUAGCUACCAGUUUUGGAUGUACAGCUGAAGUGGAAUAUGUUCGUUUGGGCACUCCAUUAGUUAAUCAUGAAGAACAAACAAAACGAGCAAUCAAAGCUGCCAAAGCAGUAGUCGGUGCAGAAAAUGUGGACAAAAACAGAGUACCCUCUAUGGGUGGUGAAGAUUUUGCAUUCAUGGUUUUGGAACGACCUGGAGCCUUCAUUUUCUUGGGAAUCAAUGAUGAAGCGCACACUGCACAACUACAUUCGCCAACGUACAAUUUCAAUGAUAAAGCAAUUCCAUUUGGUGUGGCCUACUGGAUUACUUUAGUCCAACAAGAACUUAACGAAUAA